AAAACAAAAACAGGAACGUAAAUAUUGAGAGAGAAGGAGAGGAGGAAAAAGAAGAAAUGGAUCUGGGAGAAUGCAUAAACCGCACAAUGUUACAACAGCAUGAACUGGACGAAUUCCCACUUCUCUUCGCCGUUGAAAGAGACUACAUGGCGGCUGAGGGUUACUCCACCUGCUCCCUUCGUUCCUCCCUUCGAGUUCUGGUUCUGGCUGCACUCUUCCGUUUCUGGAACACCGAAGAUUUCGAUAGAUUCGUCGUCUGUCUUGCGAUGAGCUACUUCGAUCGCUACCUCUCGAGGUACCGGAUACCGAGAAUGUACCCGGGAGGUCUGCUAGAGAACUUGCAUCUUUUGGCGACGUCCUGUCUUUCACUUGCUUGGAAGAUGAGGACUCUCAAAUUUUGCUUGCCUAAUUUUCUGGCAAAGCAGGGUCUGAAUUACACAGUAGAGCAGAUACAAAGAACAGAAAUGAUUAUCCUCAAGCGACUCAAAUGGCGAAUGCGCUCCUUGACUUCCUUCUGCUUCUUCAAUUAUUUCCUUUCGCUCUCAAACCUCAAGAGUGGCGAUCGGAAAACCCUCAAACAGCAUGCUGUUCACCUUCUUGUACGCAGGCUUUAUGUCAUCAAAUUCACAGAGUUUAAGCCAUCCAUAAUUGCUGCAUCAGCUCUUCUCGCAGUUGCAGCAGAAAAACUUCCAGAGACAUCCUCCCCCCUCAAACGUACAAUUUUAGGAUGCCCACACGUCAACAUGGAUCAAUUGUCUAGCUGCUUGAAUGAAAUAAUGAAAGUGAUGCAAAAUCCAAGGUUGUUUGAAGAAGCACCAAGGCCAGAUCAUACACAAGCGGGUGCACUCGCCCACGGUGGCUCCAACCUUCGACUUCUUGCUCCCGGUCCUAUGAGUCUAUGAUUGCUGAAGAACCCGGAGAAGAAGUCAUGUUUCAAAGGAGUGGAUUUCAGAAAUGAAAAGGAAAAGAGGUGGAGAAGGAGAAGUGAGCAUGCAGGGAAAGAUGAAGAAGGAAGUUUAAAAUGGAGGGCGCCCGUGGUUUGCUUUUCGAUCUACUUCACCAUAGAAGUUUAGGACUAGAGAGUUGGGCCCCUCAAAAAAGAUAUACAUCCCUCAAAAUUUUUCAUUAGAAAAUAGAGUUGCAUAGCUAAUUUUUUUCAUAAAUAAAACUUUGGUAAAUAGAUGACAAAUUUUACAGAGCAUUAGCUAUUAGGUUAUACCCGCAAUGGUCAUUGUUUGUCAUUUUUUCAAAAUCACACCAAUCAUGUGUAAAGUUUUAUAAUUGGU